ACGCUUUUAUUUUGAAAAGCUAACUCGUCAUCGCCACUACCGGAAGUGAAUGUUCGUUUGCACAUUUAUGCUCUUUCUGUUGCUACUCUCAGUGAAUAGCCGUCAGCGGUUAGCACAUCAUUCAUCGUGACUUUUAGAUACCGGGAGCAGAUAUGUCUCACACCAUUCUACUGGUGCAGCCCACCAAGAGACCAGAGGGAAGAACAUAUGCAGACUAUGAGUCUGUCAACGAGUGCAUGGAAGGAGUCUGUAAAAUGUAUGAAGAGCAUCUGAAGAGGAUGAAUCCCAACAGUCCCUCCAUCACAUAUGACAUAAGCCAGCUAUUCGACUUUGUUGAUGAUCUUGCUGACCUCAGCUGUCUUGUGUAUAGGGCAGACACACAAACCUACCAGCCCUACAACAAAGACUGGAUCAAAGAAAAGAUCUACGUGCUGCUGAGGCGUCAAGCCCAGCAGGCAGGAAAAUAAGGAGUGUAAAGAGCUGAAUUAUUUCUAAAGCUAGUCCCCAACUGUAUCAGAACUACGCUACAUCACAAGAAAAACAUAGAUGAACCAAGUGGUGAAGUGAUGCCGCUUAGUUCAGAUUUUGUUGAAUGCAUGUCUAUUCAGUCAGUAUGUCAAAGAAUAGAUUGAAAAUAUUUUGCAUUUUAAAUCGCAUUUUUGUAACUGGAGUUAGGGACUUGGGAUAUUUAUCAGACUAGAGGGUAAAAUUGGGGGGAAAAGUGUUCAAGAUCUUUUUCUUUUUUUUCCAAUCCCUCUCAAAUGAUGUGUUUUCUUGUUUUUUUUAUUUUUAUUGUGGUUUAAUUGUUUUUCCAUUCAGUGAAGUAUAAAACUUACACAUUUCAGAUUAUGGAGAUGGUUCUGAGUCAUCUUAUAUCCCAAAUUUUGUCCUCAGUACUGUUACAGGUUUUGUUGGCCUUCUCUGUUUUGUGUAUGUAUCCAGUAGUCACCACUGGAAAAUAAUAAAACAUUUCUCACAAAA